UUGACCAAAUUUUAUGAGUUGAACGGGAAUCUAAUGGCCCACGCAAAAUGGGAAAACAAAAGGAAAACAAAAAUGGAGAGGGAAUAUGUUAUGGGAAAGGCCAAGCGCAGGCGAGCACGAGGAGAUAAAUGGCAAAGAGGACGAGGCAAGAGCAAAUCCGAACCAACCAAUCCCAAUAUCCGCAGGCCUCCCUCUGCACUGGACCACACCACACCCUCGCCUUUCCCGCAACCCAGAGCCCCUCUGCCAAUCUCUGCACAACAUCAUCGAUUCCCCAGGCGAAAAAAAAUACUCUGGACCCUUUUUUUCAAUCAGAUUUUCAAUCAGAGGAGGGUAGAUUGGAUUUGUCAGAUUAUCCGAUCUCCACUGCAGCCUCUCUGAAGAGAAGAGGCCCAUCCAGUCCAGCCUUUCCGCAGUUCCUGGAGCAAUCCUGGCUCAGUGCGUGAAGCAGCUUGAUUCGCCUGCGCAACUGAUAGUCAUAGAAGGGAGCCAAGAGCUUGUUCUUGGCUGCUUGACCGAUUCUUGAUUGAGCUGCUGCGGAUCUUGCCAAAGGGCCAAGAGCUUGCUGUGUCUGGAAUUCUUGGUCAGCCGUGCCGGAUAGGGUGAGGGUGCCAUGACAGCAUCGCAGUCCUCGAUGAGCGGCGGCGGGGAGCCGGGGGUGCGGACGGUGGUCUGGUUCAGGCGAGACCUGCGUGUGGAGGACAACCCGGCGCUGGCGGCGGCCGCUCGGACGGCCGGGGAGGUCGUGCCGGCGUACGUGUGGUCGCCAGAGGAGGACGGGCCCUACUACCCCGGCAGGGUGUCCCGGUGGUGGCUCAGCCAAAGCCUGAAGCACCUCGACGCCUCGCUCCGCCGGCUCGGCGCCUGCCGCCUCGUCACCCGCCGCUCCAGCGACGCUGUCGUCGCGCUGAUCGACCUAGUCCGCAGCACCGGCGCCACCCACCUCUUUUUCAACCGACUCUACGACCCGCUAUCGCUGGUCCGGGACCACCGCGUGAAGGAGCAGCUGUCGGCGGAGGGCAUCACUGUGCAGUCCUUCAACGCCGAUCUGCUGUACGAGCCGUGGGAGGUCCUCGACGACGACGGCUUCCCCUUCACCAUGUUCGCGCCAUUCUGGAACAGGUGCCUGUGCAUGCCGGACCCUGCCGCACCACUGCUGCCGCCCAAGAGGAUCAAUUCAGGUGACCUGUCGAGGUGUCCGUGGGACGAGCUCAUCUUUGAAGACGAGUCCGAGAAGGGCAGCAAUGCGCUGCUCGCACGAGCGUGGUCACCAGGGUGGCAGAACGCUGACAAGGCGCUAACGGCCUUCCUCGACGGUCCGCUGGUCGACUACUCCGCGAACCACAAGAAGGCCGACAGCGCCAGCACGUCCCUGCUGUCUCCGUACCUGCACUUCGGCGAGCUCAGCGUCCGCAAGGUCUUCCACCAGGUGCGGAUGAAGCAGCUGAUGUGGAGCAACGACGGCGACCGCGCCGGCGAGGAGAGCUGCACGCUAUUCCUCCGCGCCAUCGGCCUGCGGGAGUACUCGAGGUACCUCACCUUCAACCACCCCUGCAGCCUUGAGAAGCCCCUUCUGUCGCACCUCAGGUUCUUCCCCUGGGUCGUCGAUGAGGUGCACUUCAAGGUCUGGAGACAAGGGAGGACUGGCUACCCUCUUGUCGACGCUGGCAUGAGGGAGCUCUGGGCCACCGGCUGGGUUCACGACCGGAUACGUGUCGUUGUCUCUAGCUUCUUCGUCAAGGUGCUCCAGCUGCCAUGGCGCUGGGGCAUGAAGUACUUCUGGGACACCUUGCUGGAUGCUGACCUUGAGAGUGACGCACUAGGCUGGCAGUACAUUUCUGGGUCUCUCCCUGAUGGCCGUGAGCUUGACCGCAUUGACAACCCUCAGUUUGAAGGGUACAAGUUUGAUCCGCACGGGGAGUACGUACGGCGAUGGCUACCGGAGCUGGCGAGGCUGCCGACGGAAUGGAUACACCACCCCUGGGAUGCACCUGAGUCUGUGCUUCAGGCUGCAGGAGUCGAGCUAGGCUCCAACUACCCACGCCCCAUUGUGGAGUUAGAUGCAGCCAAUUCCAGGUUGCAGGGUGCCCUGUCAGAGAUGUGGGAGCUUGAGGCAGCCUCUUGUGCUGCCAUCGAGAACGGGAUGGAAGAAGGCCUCGGCGAUUCCACAGAUGAGCCGCCGAUCGACUUCCCUCAAGAAUUACGGAUGGAAGUGGACCGACAACCAGCUCAACCUGCUAUCAUCCACACGCCGGUAGUGGCUGGUUGGAGACGAGAAGACCAGAGGGUGCCUAGCAUGACUUCCUCGUUAAUUAGAGCUGAGACCGAACUCACUGCAGACUUUGGCAACACCAGUGAGGACAGUAGGCCAGAAGUGCCGUCAAACAUUCAUCUGCAGGCUCGGGCGGAGAGGGAAGAAACAGUUGACGGUGCCACUGGCAAUACUGUCAGGGUGAAUGGCAACCAACAGCAGCAGAAUCUUCAGAACAACAUGCACCGCGUGCUAGGUAUCGCUCCAUCAAUUUCAGAGGCAUCGAGCAGCUGGACGGGUAGGGAAGGUGGAUUGGUACCGGUCUGGUCACCUCCGGCAGCUUCAGUACAUUCUGAUCCAUAUACUGCCGACGAGGCUGACAUUUCGAGUAGGAGUUAUUUGGACAGGCAUCAGCAAUCAAAUACGAUGAUGAACUGGAGUCAACUCUCUCAGUCAUUGUGAGUUCAGUUGCACGGACAACAGGAUGGGAAGUGGAUAAUUAGUGCUGUGUGACCGGAUUUAAUUGAUUAGGAGUUCGGCAGAGAGAAUUAUAUUAUACAUAUGUAAAUUAUCACAUUUUGUUCGUCUAUAUAGCCUUGGUGUGCAUGCAAGUCAUCGAACAUGCAGCUUCUUGGAUGCAAUAAUUGUUGUGAACCUAGUUGUGUAGAACCUUGUGGUUUAGGUUGCUAGGUGCCCACAAGAUAUGUAUUAUUCGUCAGAUAAGAGUUUUCUAGCAUCAGGUUCAUUUUGUAUCUGGUUAUUGUCAUAUUGCAGUUCUUGGUGAUGGGAUAGUCAACACAGGUGUAUUCUCAGUUUUAUAGACAGCACUUACCUUUUAUC